AUGGGCCUCUUCACCAUCCCGCCUCAGCCUGUCAAAAAACUCCAGGGCGACCCGCGCUGGGCGAAUGCGUCGGCGUUCGCGAGCUAUGCACCCCUAGUCGUGCUCACGCUGCUAUUCUUAAGCAUCAUACAAAUUAUACUCGGCGCGAUAUGGAUGGCGAAUCUGAAGUCAUUGAAUUUCCCCCUCAUCCUCCAACCCCUCAUCGUCCCCUGCCUCUCCUUCUUCAACACCGUCCCCAGCGCCCAGCUGCACCUCUACUCGCGCGCCAACUCCCCCAUGACCGCCUUCUGCCUCUCCACCAUCCUCUGCCUCUUCUACCUCGUCGCCGCGCUCAUCAACCUCGUCGUCUGCUCCCCGGACACCGCCUCCCUACCCGCGCUGUGUCCCGCCGGCACUGUGCAUAAGAAGGGUGCGCCCCCGGGGACACGCGAUCACUCCGGCCCGCAUAUUAGCGAGGGGUAUUGGGAUGCGACGGUGGCGCUGUGGUUGCUGAGCGCGGUGGGGUACGCGAUUGCGGCGGGGAUGGCGUUUACAGUGCGGUUGAGGAUGAAGGGGCGGGAGAGGGAGGGAAGGCGGGUGGGCAAGACGAGGCAAGUUGUCCAGGCGGAGGUGGAGCUGGAGGGGUUGAGUCCGGAGGAGGUGGAGCGGCAGAAUGAGAAGGCGAGGAAGAGGUGGCAGAAGCUUUCGGCGGGGUGA